ACUGCAAGAGAACACGACAGCAACUUUUACUCGAGUUUUGCAUCACUUUCAGUCCCCUACUGGACAUCUAGAAAGAACCGGUGUCUCCAAAACUGAAAAUGGAGGAGAUCCAGAUUGAGACAAGUCAUUUGCUUGACAAAGACCUCCAGGGAUUAAGAGAAGCUGUUCAGAAGCUUGAGAUCAAGGAGCAUGAUGUUGAGACGCCAUAUGGCAGAAUCCAUUGUACCAUGAAGGGAGUCCCCAAAGGAGACAGACCUGUCAUUCUCACCUUACAUGACAUUGGAUUGAACCACAAGACAUGCUUCGACACCCUGUUCCAACAUGAGGACAUGGCGGAGAUCAUGCAGCACUUUGCCGUGUGCCACGUGGAUGCACCAGGGCAGCAAGAGGGUGCUAAUACUUUUUCGACCGGAUAUGAGUACCCUUCUAUGGACCAGCUCUCUGAGACACUUCCUGUGGUCCUGAAACAUUUUGGUCUGAAGAGUGUGAUCGGGAUGGCGGUUGGAGCCGGAGCCUACAUUCUUGCAAAAUUUGCUCUGGACUACCCUAAAAUGGUGGAAGGUAUUGUUUUGAUCAACAUCAAUCCAUGUGCUGAGGGCUGGAUGGACUGGGCUGCACAAAAGAUCAGUGGAUGGACUCAUGCCAUGCCCGACAUGAUCAUCAGCCACCUGUUUGGAAAGGAGGAAAUUCAGCACAACCACGACCUGAUUGGUACAUACCGCCACCACAUCCUGAAUGACAUGAAUCAGUACAACCUGCAUCUCUUUGUCAAGGCAUACAACAGCCGAAGAGACCUGGAAAUUGAGAGGCCUGUUCCUGGAGGAAACAUUAAUGUCAGAACCAUUAAGUGCCCCUCUCUCCUUGUAGUUGGAGACAGCUCUCCUGCAGUGGAUGCUGUGGUGGAGUGCAACACCAAGCUGGACCCGACCAAGACCACACUGCUCAAGAUGGCUGACUGCGGAGGCUUGCCUCAGGUUGACCAGCCUGGAAAGCUGACUGAAGCCUUUAAAUACUUUAUACAGGGAAUGGGCUACAUGCCAUCGGCCAGUAUGACUCGUCUGGUCCGCUCUCGCACUGCCUCCGGCUCCAGCGUCACCUCCUUUGAUGGUAACCGCAGCCGUUCCCACACCAACGAGGGCAGCCGCAGUCGCUCACACACCAACGAAGGAAGAGGCCGCUCCCACACCGCCGACGCCCAACGUGCACGCUCCCACACUGACUCUGCGGACAACUCCGUGGACCAGUCCACGCUCAAAUCUACUGAGGUGUCAUGCUAAAGCAGCUCCACCCUUCCCUAAACCCUACCAUGCACUUCCUUUAACACACCUCCUUUCCCUUAUCUCUGCGCGUGUGUGUUGUGUUCUCACAAAAAUGCCCAGGAGUGCAGGCCACCAGCUUUGGGCACACACUCAUCCCAGAAUACUACUGAAUUAGUCAGAGUGUAUUGUUUGAGGGAUCCUCUGGGAAAUUAUGUCAAGAUGAAGUAAAAAUAUUUGAAAGGGAAACAGCUCUAAUCUGUUCAUUCGUCCCCUUUUGUGGGGGUUGAUUUAUUCUUUAUGCAGGAAACACAGCACAGAAACACUGUAAGCAAGAGAAUGAGAAGGUUUGGAAAGCGUACAAGUUUGUAUGUACUUGUACUUUGUACGUAUUUGUACUCAUGCAUUAUCAAUUUACUUUCUUUGCAUUCUCAUUUAUUUGAUUGUAGUAUCACUUAUCUCACAAAUGCCUGUAAAUGGCAGAGGUUUUUUAACCGUAAUGUAUUUGCUUAGUAGUUUUUAAUACUGGAUAAAUUUUCUGUAUAUUUUGAAUGUGAUUGAUGAAAGGAUAUGGGUGGUGGACUUUCUAAGGGUUGGCAUUUUUCUAUGCUAGCUACCUUAAAAAUAAAUGAUGUGUGUACACAGA